UCAUCCACACGCACACGUUUGCGAGACAAAUGUGCGAGAGAAAAUUUCCGCGAGAAUGCGCACUAGAUGAAAAGUGGUUCUGAGAUUUUCCACGGACAUCUGUAUGCCGAGAGGAAUUAGAUCGACUUCUCAAAACGAUUCAUACGGUCGAUGGCGUACGCUUGGUUCGGUUCGCACCGAGGUCGUGGAACAUUUGCAGCAUCCGGUACUUAGAAUAACAACCUGCCGACAACCUUCAAGGAUCGGCUGAGUGAUCACUGUUCGACACCGGAAGCUCGAUCUCCACUCCAUUAGUCGAAAUAGAGGAUCUAAUAAAGAUGUUCUCUGGCGCAUGAUGCUAGUGUCCGUGACACGUACUUAGUGAUUGAGGUUGAAUUUUCCACACGUUCUUCCCGACACGUUGCAAACCCUCCGGUUAAGCCUGCGGACGUGCGACGGACAGCGUAUCGACGUGUGCAGUGAAGUGGGCCGGGCAACGUGGGCGUGAGAUGCGCCAUAUUGGAAAAACUCUACCCCUGAGAGUCAAACGUGGACAACGGCGCAGUGAGAAAGAUCGGCAGAAUCAUCAUCACCAACACUACCCAGCAGCUAGUAGUAGCCGAAUUUUUGUACCGAUUUGUGUCGGUGUUUUUGUUUUCGAGUUUUGUGAUCGACAAAUCGUGCGUGCACAAAGAACGAAAGGGCAGGGAUCACGGACCAGAGCGUGGCAGUUGCAGUUUGCUGUGAAGUUGGUUGAUCGUUGCAGCGUAACGACUGCAACAUGUUGAGGAACAUUGGCUGGCAAAAUUCAUGAACAGGAUAAGCGCGUGAAGGAACGAAUAUUCUUCCCGGAAAUUGCAUUUCUUUGGAAACAUUAGAACGGCUAGAUGACGAAGGCCUCUAUACUACGACAUUCGACGCAUCUUACUCCCGAGGGACGUCUCUCUGUUUCGUAUCUCUAACCGAGCACAACAGCAUAUCAUCACCACCACACUGCCGGUGUGUGGCUAAAAAUAGUGAAAACGAAGUAUUUUUACCAUCUAACACCAUAUCGAAAGGUGGUGGUAACACGCCAGACCAGACCAGCGACGGGAAGACGGUGGAGAUCGUGUCGGAAAGGUGUAUUGCCGCACUCUUGGACGCGGGUAAUUGGGACAAGAAUCCCGGCGACUGUUGUGUUGGCGUUUCACCUGAGCUGCGUACUGGGCCGUGUGUUUAUGAAUUGUGUAUUCGUGAAUUUCCGUGAUCGCGUACCGGGUGACCCUUGUGGAGUGAUUUAUACUGGUAGAAUUUGGUAAGGUGAACGUGAAAAAACGUGUGUAAACAACUGGCCCAAAUCGACAUUUUGCGACCGUGUACGAGAACGAGAAUCACACUUCAUGUGUACACUUGCCACUGCGGUGACGACUCCGGGCCUGGGAACUGGACGAAUGGGGCUGGAUGCGAUUCAACCGAGGCAGGGCAGCACGGAAAGUGCGGGCAGCGGAGAUUCGGACAGUGGGGGAGGAGGCGGUUACGAUUCGUCGGUCUGUACGGCUGCGCUGCAGUGGUACUAUCUGGCGAACUUGGACGCACAUUCGAGCGAGUCUUUACAGAGCUCGAAACUGUUCUCUCCUGCCUAUUGGACCGGAUCUGAUACAUUCGCGCCAUCAUCACUGUCCAAUGAAGCGUUCAAAAGCGAUCAUGAUCGAAGAGAGGAAUGCGACUCACCACUGCUUGCUGAGGAACUCGCGGAACUGUGCGACCAGUUUGACGAUCUCGGUCUGUUUGAGUUAACUUCAAGGGCACGUCCGAAUCCGCUAGACGUGGAUCAUUUUGCAGGAUAUGGGCGAGCUACCUUGAGCGCAUCAUUGAAAGGACUUGGUGGUUAUGGUAGAAGCGUAUCGCCUACCGCUUCGUUACAUCAAAAUCAUCAUCAUCAUCAUCACCAUCAUCAUGUGAAGCACCAUCAGCAGCAGCAGCAUCAUCACGAGUUGCCAUUGACAAGGCCUCAGCAUCAGCAGCACGCUUUUCACCAUCAACCACUGCCCUUAACGAACCACCAUUAUCAACCGACGUACGGAGGACAUCAUCCUUUACCGUUGCACAAUGGAACGUCAGAGCAUCAGCAUCAUCUGCAGAACGUGAACCAGAAGUACAGCAAAGUGCCUCCGUCGAACUAUCUCUGCCAUCUGUGCUUUAAGAAGGGUCACUAUAUUAGAGAUUGCCCACAGGCACGUCCAAAAGCGGAAGGGAAAACACCGUACCAGGGUAAGAAGCGUUGUUUCGGCGAGUACAAGUGUCCCAAGUGCAAGCGAAAGUGGAUGUCGGGCAAUUCGUGGGCAAACCAUGGUCAGGAGUGCAUCAAGUGCCACAUCAAUGUUUAUCCACACAAACAGCGCCCUCUGGAGAAACCGGACGGUUUGGAUGUGUCGGAUCAGUCGAAAGUCCAUCCGCAGAUGCUGUGCGAAAAGUGCAAGACGUUGGGUUACUACUGCCGAAGGAUCCAGUAGCCAUCUACCUGAGAACGUAAAGAACUACAGAGAUCAAUUUUUGAUACAAUUUUUUAACCCUAUCAAUUAGUUGCAAAUAGUUUUACAGGCAGAUUAACUGCUUCCAUCUACCUUCCCGAAAAUAUGCUUACACGAGCAACACGAAUCGAAUUCCAAAUAUCUGUAUAUAAUUGGGCUGGUGAGACGCGGACGUGUGUGGCAACCGUCGUGCCAACUGUUUGAAUGUUUCUCGCCACGAAAAGCUCAAACUUAUUCGAAAAAGAAACUAAAAGAAAAAACAACCAACAAACCGAAUCCAAAUCGAAACUCUUCCCGUUUCCGUGCAAAAUAGGAUGGGGAAAGGGCAAGAUUUGCAAGCAUAAUUUGUAUUAUUUUAUUGUAAACUUUCGACGCAAAAAGCAACAAACUGUCAGCGAACUUUGUUUUGGGUUUUAAACUUUUCGAAAACAUAGAAAUGUGUACAAUUAUGGUAUGAACAAAAGAAAAGAUAAUAAUAUUGCGCAUAAUUAGCGUUUUUUUUGUUUUUGCAAAACACGAACGAAAAGCAUUCGUUUUCAAUAAAGAAAUCGAUAUAAUACAA